UAAAUUUCGAGUUUCAGGACAUUGUGCAUUGGACGAAGUUAAGCCCUUGUUUUUCAUAUAAUUUUCAGUCUAUGCUACGAAACAUUCCUGUAACUUUGUCUCGUUUCGACUCUAAACUCGAUUUUUAUAUGUUUUUAGAUGAAAAAAGCGACUGUAUUAAAAUUUACACCGAUGGGUCGAAAAGUAAAUCUCGCACUAGUUUUGCUUUUUAUGAUUCUACAAACAAAGUUGGUAAAGUCUAUUCUUGUGAUACACAUUUUUCAAUAUUUUCUGCCGAAGUUCUAGGUAUGAUCUAUGCCUUGAAAUAUAUUUCAUGUAAUUUAAAUUUUCUAAAUUCAUCAAAAUUUUUAAUUCUUUGUGACUCAAUGAGUGCACUUCAAGCUCUAGAACAAAAAAGUAUUAAUUCUAACAAAAAUUACCUUCUUUAUGAAUUAAGACACUUAGUAGUAUCAUUACAAAACAUUAAUAUUGUAAUCGAGUUCUGCUGGGUUCCAGGGACACUCUGGUAUUUUUGGUAACGAGUUUGUAGAUAAACUUGCACGUUCUGCUCCAAACAUUAUUACAAUAAACGACUAUAAAAUUCCUUUAUGUGAUUUAAUCACUUAUUUGAAAGACAACAUGAUCAAAAGAUGGUGUUUAUCAUUAGAUCAUUUUCGCGAAACUAAAGGUAAAUGGCAUGCCGAGAUUGUACCUGUACCCAACACUACAGCUUGGUUUGAAAAAUCAAAAUACUUCGGUAGGCAAUUUAUAACUAGCUUCUGUAGAUUAAGAAUAGGUCACUGUAAAUUUCCAUCUCAUCUUCACCGUCUUAGAUUAAGUAACAACGCCAUUUGUAAAUAUUGUAACUUCACAAAUUGCGAUCUUGAUCAUUUAUUUUUUAAUUGUCCAUAUUUCAAUAUACAACGCCUUCUGUUUAUUAGUUUAUUUUCUGAAACAAUGCCUUCCAAAAAUUUUCCUCUAAAUGUAAAAGAGUUAUUGAAGAUACAAGAGAUUUAUUGUAUUAUUUAUAAUUUUUAUGUCAAUACUUUUGGUCCUUUAUAACUUUAAAUUUAGUCUACUUAUAUAUAUAUAUAUAAAAAAGUUGUUUGUAUUUUUUAUUAUUAAUGUGUGUUUUUCGUUUAGUUUUACUGUAAGUUUUAUUAUAUUAUUUAAGUUCAUUGUGUUAGUUUGUAGUACAAUUUUGUUAAGAUUUCUUUUCACAUUUAAUGUUUAAGCUGAUGGUCAGUGUAGCCAAAGCUUCAAUAAAGAAAAAAAAAAAAAAAGUUCAUAAAUAUAUUGGAUUAUUAUAAAGUUUUCUAAACCAUUUCAAUAUGAAAAUUAAUUUAAAUAGUCAGAUAAAGGGACAAAAUGUAUAUUUAGUUCCUUACCAAAGACAGCAUGUGCCAAAGUACGUAAAUAAUUUACCGACAAAAUUAUUUCUUUUUUUUAUGUGAUGUAGUAUGCUAAACUUUUUAAACGUUCUUAAGAGUAAUUUAACAGUGACGAAAUUUCUUCAUAGGUAUUUAUUGUAUCAAAAGUCGAGUUCAUUACAGGUAUCAUACAUGGAUGUCUAGUAAAGAACUACAAACACUAACAGCCUCUGAAUCAUUAACUUUAGAAGAAGAAUAUGAAAUGCAAAAGUCAUGGCAAGAUGAUGAAGAUAGUAAUUUUCUAAUUUUAUUAUAUUGCAUAUUUAUAAAUUCUUCAGUACCUAUGAAGUAUUCCAUGAUUGGAGAUACAAAUAUAUUUAUCAAAGAUAAGCAAGAAGCUCUAGGAGAAAUAGAAAUUAUGAUUGCAGAAGAAUCAGUAAGAGGAAAAAAAUUGGGUUGGGAGUCUGUAAUUUUGAUGUUGAUAUAUGGUAUACAAAUAUUAGGGCUUAAGAUAUACGAAGCUAAAAUAUCCAUUACUAAUAUAAUAAGCUUGAAAAUGUUCCAUAAAUUAGGAUUUGAAGAAAAAUCUGUAAGUGAUGUUUUUCAAGAAAUUACUUUGGAAAAGGUUGUGACACAAAAGUGGAGUAAUUGGUUGCAAGAACAAUAUAAAUUGGAAUUAGUAGCUUUAAAUAAAUAAUAAACUUUAUAGAAACUGAAAAUAAAGUUUAAAAAGUAAUUUAAAU